AUGAAUGCACUUAUCUUAAUUUUAUGUUUUUAUAUUGGCGGUUAUAGGCCAUCAUUUCAUUUACAUAAUACAGGCGAUUCCUGCGCCAUAUCUGAAUUGCAACGUCAAUGUCUGGAUUCUGUAUUGUCACGUAGUGAAUUAUUAACAAGUCGCAAUAAUGUUUUUCCAGAGUUUAUUCGCAUUGCCCCACCUUUGUUACCAUGCCCCCAAGGAACUGAUGAAAUUUCAUACAAUUUAAAUGAAGAUGAUGAAUCCAUCAGUCGAACAGUUUUCGACUUUAGUCCUUCAGGGAAAAGACCUAUCAAGAAGUCUAAACCUAUUUAUAACUGGUCAGAGGAACUUAUAUGGCUUAAUCCGAAUAUUGUGGAGCAUGAUUUUCAUUGGAAUAGUAGUAUGGAACUUGUUGAUAUGACAGUUGAGCUUCGCCAUUUGAUUUCCGCAGCAAUGACAUCCACUUUAACUCAGUCACAGCAACAAACGGUUGUUCAAGCAAUUAAAGAUAAUCCAAAUAUUAUUCAUAAUAUUGGUAUUACUUCAGAGAUUGUACCGAAUUUUGUUAAUCGUAAUCCAGUUAUUGCUAUUGAAGUUUUACAAUUAUUGAUUAUAUCACCGAAACGAGACGAGUAUUUGAAUGCUCUUCUAAAAAUGGAAGUUACUGUACAGUCAAUUGAAGUGGUAAAUCGACUAUCUACAAAAAUUGCAUUACCUACAGAGUUUAUACAAGACUACAUAUCAAAUUGUUUAGCAUUUUGUUAUUCAGUAAAUGACAAAUUUUAUCAAAUGAGACAUGUUCGUUUGGUAUGUGUACUACUCCAAUCACUCAUCAGAAAUAAUAUAUUGGAUAUUCAUAAUCAGGAUAUCUUAAUCGAAGUGAGAACUUUCUGUUUAGAAUUCACUAAAGCUCGGGAAGCAACUACACUUCACAGACUUAUUUUGAAUAUGGAGAGCACCAAUACAGCUUCAACAGCAACAACCCUUAAUAGUAGUAACAUUGGCACUUCCACGACUACUUCCAGUCCUACUCAACCAUCAGCAAAUACACAACAAUAAACACAUUCUUAUUAAAAAUAAGAAAACAUUAAUAAUUAGGUUACUACUGUACAUUACAGAUAAAUUAUGUGAGUCAAAAAUAUAAACAAAAUGGUCAGGUUUCCAUUUAGUUGUAUGAAAUAAAUCUUUCAUACAAAAGAAAUUUACCGUAUUUUAAAAGAUAUCUAAAGAUCAGUGCUACAAUAUAUUGGUUCUAAAUAAAGAAAAGAAUUCAAUCAGUUCAGAUGGG